GAAAAAAGAAAAGAAUGGCGUAAGAGAAAAGGAAAUAGGAGAGGGAAAGAGGUGGGUAUAUCGAUCACAUCAUAUAUAGGUACCCACAAUCCAACAAAGUCUAUAUACUUAGAGUGGUGAAAGGGUUGAGAAAAAAAGAAAAAGAAAAGGCAAAAGUAGAAAUCAAAACACAAACACAAAACCAAUAUAUCCUCCGAUACCCUAAAUCCAAAUCCCCUCCAGGGACAACCAAAGCUCUCAUUUAGCUAAUUACCAAUUUCAAGUAACUCUCAAAAUCAUAUCUGCACAACUCCCAUAUAGCAAACACAGCAGUAGUAGUGAGCACAAUUUUAGGUGGAUAUUACAUUAUGAAGGAGGAAGGAGAUUGUUUUGAAGACCAGAUUGUAAUGCAACAAAACGGCAACGUUUUUGUAGCCGGAGGAGGAGGGUCGGAUUUUUCUGAGGUUUCUCCCUUGAUGUUUCCCAGCCAUCAAGUCCCUGGGUUCAACCCCUUUUUAUUUAAUCCGACGACACUGGAUCAGCACGACCCGUUUAAUCCGUCGCCGCCGCAGCUGCCCAGCUUCUUCAACAGAAGAAAUAAUAAUAUUUCAUUCCCCUACUACGAUAAUAAUAAUGUUGGUUGUGCCCCAUUUGAGCUGACCAAGAUGACCGCUCAAGAAAUAAUGGACGCCAAAGCACUUGCAGCCUCUAAAAGCCAUAGUGAAGCUGAGAGAAGAAGAAGAGAGAGAAUCAAUAAUCAUCUUGCUAAGUUACGAAGCUUACUCCCAAACACCACUAAAACCGACAAGGCAUCAUUGCUAGCAGAAGUAAUCCAACACGUGAAAGAGCUUAAACGACAGACGAUGUUGAUAGCCGAUGCAAGUCUGCUGCCGACCGAAGUCGACGAGCUAUCAGUGGACGUUGAUGCCUCGGACGAGGACGGGAAGUUUGUAAUCAAAGCCUCGUUUUGUUGCGAGGACAGGUCUGAUCUUUUGCCACAAAUCACCAAAACCCUAAAAUCCCUCCACUUGAGAACUUUAAAAGCGGAGAUCACAACAUUCGGGGGUCGCGUAAGAAACGUAUUAUUCAUCACGGCCGACAACGACUCCUCCAACGACCAGCAACAAGAUCAUAAUCCUCAACACCAAUACAGCAUCAGUUCCAUUCAGGAAGCCCUAAAGGGAAUGAUGGAGAAGGUUUGUCGCGAAGAGCAGUCGUCAGGCAGCAUCAAAAGACAAAGGACCAACAAUCACAACAACAUUAAUAUCAUCCAAAACAGGUCUCUCUAGCUAAUUCCAAAUUAUAUGACAUGUUUAUAUAUCAUGUUAAUUAAUUAAAAAAUAAUAUUAUCAUGUUUGUUUUUGGUGUGGCUUAGCUUAUUAUUAUGUGUACUAGAGAGCGGUGAUGAUCAGGGGGAUGUUUUUUCAUGGGGGAGAUUAUAAAACUAAUAUGAACACCCAACAUAGAAUUUUUUUUUUCAAGUUUUGAAGUGAUGUAUGUAUUAUUAUUGGUUACACAAAGAUGAUAAUUUGGAUUUCAGUUUGCAGAAUGUGGUAUUUGGGUUUGUUUUUUAGCCAAGUAGAUGGCUGGCAGAGAACUGGUGCAGUGUAUAUUACUUACAUUUUUCCCUUCAGAUAUUUUUUGGUCA